AUGAAAUACGUAGCUAUUCUUCUAUUGGUAUUAGUAUUGACAAAUGGAGCCAACGUAAGGAAACACAAGCAACAUAAAGGAACUAAGCAUACCUAAGAUUUGGUUCAAAUUGAAUCUGAAAAUGUUGGAGCGUCUUAUGAUUUAAGCAAUAAUGUAGGAGUUAUAUCCUCAUCCGAAACUGUUACCAAUGCUUUAACUAAUUAAGACAGAAUUGAAAAGGCUGAAUAGAAGGAAAGAAAUGCUAUUCAUAAUGCUGUGAAAAAAUCUCAAAAGUCUUUUGUUUAAGUGACUGAUAAUGAAAACUAAGUUUAUGUGGAAGAAACCUUAGAUUAAACUCCUUAAAAGGAAAUUAAUUUUGCAGACUUAUUCACAAACGAUGGUUCAUCACCUGAUAUGGGAAAGCAAGCUCUUAUUGAAGAUUCCCCAUCUCCUCCAAUGGCUCAUAUUCCUUAGGAUGAUAAUUUAGAUUAUGUCAGAGCAAUUGAUAAACUGGAUUUGUUAGAUGAGAAUGGUUAACCACUUUAAUUGCUUCCAGAAGAAUUAUCACUUUUGGAAAUGUCUCAAUUCGAAAGCAGAUUCCAAUAGACUGAAACUCCAUAGAUGGAAUAAGCACCCAGUUGGGACUUAGAAGCUGCUUAUGAAAAGACUCCAGGUUAAAGUGAGUUGUCACCAGAAGAAUUACAAAGACAAACCGAUCAAAUGGUUGAUAGCUUAAGAGGAGAGCUUGAAAAUGAAGAUAUUUGAACAGGCAAAUAUAAUAAAUAAAUAUAU